AUUUGGGAUCUGGGCUGGUUUGUAACUGACUCCUUUUCUUAGCUACAAAUGCAAAAGGAGCCUUUUGUCUUGACUUUCUCUGGCUACUAAAAAGCUAUUAAUAAAUGCACGGCAAGAGAAGAGGGAGCGAGGAGAGGAAGGAAGGAAGAGGCAAGCCAUCCCCUUGUUUGUGUGGAGCGUGGCUCACUGAGGUCAUAACAGGAGAAUGGAAAAUGUUCAUCAUAAUUAACUGCAGAUCAGGGUAGUGGGGGGAGAUGGCUGUUGCUUCCUGCCACCGGCCGCUGCUUUUCGUUCAGCGGUUUCCUUGAGAGCGAGACGGUGGUUAGUUACGAAGAGCCGUUACCCACUGCUGCAGUCCUGCCAGCUAUCGCGACGUAGAGAUGUAGAAAGGACUCAGAUCGCAAGAUGCGGACUUGAUUUGUGUUGCUUGGCAUUGCUGGUUGUCUCUCCCCGCUCCUCCCCUCAUUUCCUUGGCGUUGCUGAAUUCUCCGCCUCCCCCCGUUCCCUUUCAAUAGGGCCUUUGCACUGAAGCCAAGUGAAGAACCUUAUGAUUGCACUAUACGUAACUCAACUCAGAUAAGACUCCGCUAACAAACAAGCAGCUUCUGCCCUUUAGAAGGACUCAUCCAUCAAGCUCUCUCAACUUUUGCUCCUCAUCAGCAACUUCCAUCUCUACACGCUGAAGCAGACACCUAACAACUCACUUCCAUCUUUCAUCCUAAAACCACCAUUCUCUAGCCAUGUUCCAGCGCCUCACCAGCCUCUUCUUCAGUGACAGCAGCACACCUGAGGACCUUGAGGAACCCAAGCCCUUUGUCUCUGAAGAGGAAGAAGAAGAUGGAUGGCUCAUUAUUGACCUACCAGAUAGUUAUGCUUCAGCCUCCAGCAAAGAGCGGUGGGUAGAAGGUCCUGAUCCUGUCAGCAUGGAGAGCAACCCCAUGGAGGACCUCUUGAUUGAACAUCCUAGCAUGUCCGUGUACGUCACCAGCAGCAGCAUCGUUGUGGAGAGUCCUGAGGAGCAGAUCAGUGAAGGUGAGCUACCUGAACGCCGUUUGCAGCGCCAUGCCCCACACCACUCCACCUCUCUUGCCACCAAGGCCGCCAUCUUGGAGAAGGUCAACCAAGUACGACGGAUUCAGCGGGCAAAGCAUCUGGUGGAGAAGCACAAGUUCAGUCCAAAAGUCAUGCAGCGGCAGAACCGCACCAGAGAGUGCCGCCCACGACGGGCCAAACACCAAGGCAGCUUUGUCUAUCAACCAUGCCAGCGCCAGUACAACUACUAAGCUACUUCAGGAAGUCUAUACUGUGGGGCAUUAUCCUUUUUAACUUUCAGCUUCACCAGUUCCUCACAAUGCUUUCUUCAGCUGAGAGGGUCGUCUUCGUCCAUUUUCUGAAAUAAAUCCAUCCCCCCUGUGAAAGAACCUCCUACAUUCUCCUGAACUGACAACAUUCAGUGGUAGUUCUUUCUUGGGCUUUUUGUGGGCUUUAUUUCCCUUGUCAUCAAGAAAUACAUUUUCUGAUCUAUGACUUUCUUUCCUUUUUGGGUUUUAAUCUCCCCCACUUCCCUCCCUGCUUCCAUGAAUGUGGAUUUUUAUUUGGAUCUUAAAGUGAGAGAACUCAGCAUGUUCCACUAAUAUUAAGCAACAAGGCUGCAGGUCUAUUUUUUAAGUGUUGGAGAAACAUGUAUAUAUCUUGAUUACCAAGAAAGAAAAGUUGGGUGGAUAUUUUCCCUGGUCCCGAAGUAGCAUGAAUCCACACACUGGGUCUCAUAGCCGUUACCAGUGGUAGAUUAAUUUGGUGCUUCCAGUGAAUAUAUCACAUUUAUUUUCUUUUGUAAAUGAUAUAUAGGAGGGCUGACAUGGCCUAUCAUUUCCUUUUGCCCCUUGUUGUUGCACUAAGGAGCCUGAGACAUCAGUGCCUUUCUUUAUGACAUCACACUCUUCACAGUGGAAAACUGUGAUGUCACAAAUGGAGCUACCAGGUUCAUGUGCAUACUGGAAUACAACAACAAUAAAUGAACCAACUAGGUCCCAAUUCAUAGACUAACUAAAAUAUAUCUUGUGAAAAACUUCCUUCCCUUAAAAAUAUAUGAAUUAUAUAUUUGUUCCUCUCACUAGUUGAUUUGAUGACUAGGCAUGAGGCAUCUCGCCAUAUCCUUAACUGUACAGGGGUUGCAAAACAGCUCCAUGAAUAGCUAUGGGAGUUUUGCCAUUGACUACUAAUGGAGAAUGGGUUAUGACUGAGUUUUCUGUUCAGAUGUGUCAUGUGAUGUAAUAGAGAACCUUUGGAAGUCCUUUGUGGCUGCAGUUCUCAACGGUGGUUAAUGGGAAUUGCAGGAGCUCAUGAUUAUUAAAAGGUCAAGUAUAUUUUAUUGCAGUUCUUAAUCAUACAUGGCCUUUUCAAAAUGCAUGCAGUGGGCUCUUCAUCCAUUUAGUUAGUUGCAUGGUUAUUUCUCGCAGUAUCGUUCAUGGCUCCACAGCAUAAUGAUCACGUCGUUAAAGCCAUGUGUGCAGAGCACAAUGCGAAGAUGUGAUAUUUUUAAGAAGACAUGAAGAGACAUCCUAGUAAAACUGUCAUGGACAUUCAUAAGCAUAAGAGCAAAAAUAUAUUUUUUAAGAAAAUACAAAAAUAAAAUUAAAAUCACACACCUUUUCAUGCAUUUUACCAUCAUGUUGAUAGGACACUUCCAAUAAUGAAACAAUUUUCUUAUUCUAAGAAAAAGAAAUAGUUAUAAGUAAUCUGUUUUUAAAAAAUCAAAGCAGAAAUUUGGCAAUGGUACCCCUUGGAUGAUCACCAUGUGCAAUUCUGACCACACUUACUAGUGAUUAUGCUUCAUUGAAUACAAAUGUGACUUACUUCCAAGUAAACAUACAUUGGAACAGCACAAUCCAACCCAGUCAACUGCAAUUGUUUUCAAUGGGGGAGGGUCAAGCAUGUAGUUAAAUUUCUCCUAUUGAUUUCAAUGAGACACAAAGUCUUUAACAUUGGCUGGAUCAUGCACAAACACUAAAUGCAUAACUCGUCAUUCACCAUCAAGAGGAUGCUUCAUAUUAAUCCAUGUUAUCUUGUUUUGGCAUUGGUGCUAAUGUCAACGACCUCAGCAGAGCAAGGGGCUUACACAAAUUGAUGAUAGCGAUGACAAAGUAUGUUGAAGAGAGUAGUGAAGGCUUAUUUUAAAUUAAAAAUAUGGUGAGGGGUUGAAAUGAUGAAAGAAAGGAUAGAAGACAGAGAGUAAAAGUAAGGCUACAAGCCUGUGUGUGCUUAGUAGGGAGUGAGUUCUAUUGAAAUUAGUGCGUUUUACUUCCAAGUAAGCAUGCACAGAAAUUGUACUGCACAUGAGACAAGAAGGGACUUGGAACUGUUGAACAGGUGUAAGCUGAAGAUGUGGAGGUCACUCUAGACUCCCUAGAGAGCAGAGGGAGUAGAGUAGCAUGUGCCUGCAUUUUGAAGACUGCCUUUUCUAGAGUGUAGAAACUACAAAUUGUAAACUUUCCUAUAAGAAAAACCUCUAGAUGUCACAUGGGAUACAGAAAUCUUGGUCUGUUGUCUGUAGCAUGGAAAGUAUCUACGCAUAUGAAGAUCAUUUUAGGAUUAAUUUGGUUUCAUGCAGCUCUGUUAAGGAAGGGUUGCCAAAUUAAAAAUAGUUGCAUAUGAAACACCUGGAAGAAUACGGAAAGAGGGGAAUAACUGUUUCCCUUAUAUAUGUUUUAUUUGUUAGUUGUGCUUCCCUUCUCCGUUCAAGGGAAUUAGAACAUUCACCUCCAUUUAAUGGCCACCAUUAUGAUUGAUCUUGAACAUUUGCCCAAUAUGGUUGAGAGCUAAAUUCUCACAGCAAUACUUCAGUUCACCUCUUGUGCUGAUGGUUGGAACUUCCUUUGGAAAACCUCAGGACAAUCAUUUGGCUUGUAUUUGGGGCUGUAAACAAUGUACAUUUUUGUACUAAAUGUACUUAGUACAUUUUUGGACUAAGCCUAAAAAUCUCUCCUUGAAACCCAGAUUGAGAUUGGUAAAGGGGAAAACUUUAAAAUGGUUUUUUAAAAAAUAAAAAAUUCAGCCUUUGGCUUAAACAUUUAUUCACCAAAUCUGAAAAGGACAGUUUGUCUUAAGUGUAGCUAAUGUUCCUUGCUAAAGUGCAGGUGGUACAGGAGGAGCUUCCCCCGCAUAUAGCAGCAAAUAGGAGAGUGAUUCAUAUUUGUACAUUUCUAGUCCAUUAUUGUCUAUUUGUCUUCUGCAUUUAACUUUCUGACAGCACAAUCCUAAGCAAGUUCACUAAGAAGUAGUCCCUUCAAGUUCAAUGAGACCUACUCUCAGGUAAAUGUGUUUAGGAUUGUAGACUAAUAUUAUCUGUUUGAGUUGUUUUUCUAAGAAAAUCCAACCUGGAAACCAUGUUUCUCCCACUAAUCACUGGAGCCAGAAAGCUGCUUUAGAUGCACCCAAGUGUUUGUGUGUGUGUGUGUUUGUUUGUUUGUUUGUUUGUUUGUUUGAUUGAUUGAUUAAGUGCCAUCAAGUUGGUGUCAACUCUUAGUGACCACAUAGAUAGAUUCUCUCCAGGAUGAUCGGUCUUCAACUUGGCCUUUAAGGUCUCUUGGUGGUGCAUUCAUUGCUGUCGUAAUCGAGUCCAUCCAUCUUGCUGAUGGACAUUUUCUGAGGGGGGUGGGGACAAAGGCUGCAAUUCUAUACCCACUUAUUUCAGAGUAAGCCCCACUGAAUUCAAUGGGACUGAACUUCCCCCCGCUUUUAAUGGCAGACCCUCAUCCUGUAUCACAAGCUGCUUUUGAAAUACCUCUUGUUUCAAAAGUGGUUUCAAAAGUGGUUUGCCAUGUGGCAUGGUCGUGGGAGGAGUUGUUAUCUGAGAAAAUGCCCUUUGGGUUUGGGGAACUAAUAGUUGGUUCUUUGAGUUCUGAUCUAUAUACUACUUAAGCUAACAGCUGCAUCCUUAUGGCACUACUGAACAGAACAUUUCCAUCAGAGCUAGAAAAGAAGCCUUCGCUAUCUUGGUUCUUAUGUACCCUGCACCUAGGAUUGUCAGUUCUCCUCGCCCCCACCCCCCACCCUCGAUAGAUAUGCUAUCCCUGUCACAGCAGCAUGGCAGACAAAAAUCCAACAGAUGCAACUUUGCCAGCCAUGAAGACACCUGGGAAAGCUGCAUCUGCUGUUGCUUUUAAAAGAGCAAAGAUGGUAAUCCUGAAUGCCUCUCUCCAAGUUUUAAACAAUAGAUCCAGGCUUAUGGCUAGGAAACUGCAGGCUCUGUUGUGUGUCCAGACUGAACUGUUAGCAAGAUCAGCUCCAAUCUUCUAAUGGUGACUUCUUUCUCUCUUCCCACCAUUGCUGCCUGUACCUACUUAGUUGCUUUCUCCAUGUUUUAAACCAAUUUCAGUCCCAAACUUAAGCUAAGUAUUCAGGAAGCAGCUGAUGUUGACUGCCCAGUUCUUACUGUAAUGGAAAUUGAUGGCAAAAUUCCCAUAUUGCAAGAGUUCCCAGCCUUGGGUCCGCAGAUGUCGAUGGACUAAAACUCAUCAUCCCCAGCCUUUUGCCAUCAUGGCCGGGGCUGAUAGCAGUUCUAGUCCAAAAUAUCUGGGGACACAAGGCUGGAAACCCCUGUGAUAUAGGAUCAGUUCUUAGUUGCCUUUAUGCCUUUAACAGCUCCUAAAAAGGCAUCAGUAUCACUCGUUACUGAUUCAGAGCACUUGGCAAAGCAUCCUAACAGCAAGGGGACAGAGGAAGAACCCCAAAACUUGGUUGCUGUCAUUCCUUGUCUCUGACUUGACCCCAGCUCCAUGUUACCACCAGGAGUUGCAGCCGAGAUAGGCUUGUCAGAAUUUUGAUUUUUCAGAAACAAAGAAAAUAAACCCAUACUAGUUCUUAAAUUUGGUCAUCUGUGCUAAUUCUCCUGUUUCCCUCCUAAGCCAUGGGACUGACCUGUUAAAAGCAGAAGAUGUGAUUAGCAAAUGUAAUUAAUUUGAUCUUGGCUCCAGGGCAGACUCACUUGAUCCAGAACUGAAACAGGAACAAUUGCAGUUACUGAUUGCAUCUUUCAACUUCUCCUGUGACUUACUGGGAAAAUAAUAGUUGGCUCUUCUGAACUGUAGUCAUAUGUACAGUGGCAUUCAAAAGUCACUGUUGGUUUCAUUUGCAUCUGACUCAGACAAGAGAUUAACACUUUAAUUUUGUGAAGUGUUUACAUUCUUUUGCCUCUUUAAUUUCACACUAAAUGCCUUUUACUAAAGCAGAUGGAGGUAGGGAAGAAGUAAGCUGCAGGGGCGUAACUAUAAUAGGGCAAGGGGAGACAGUUGUCUGGGGGCCCACUGCCUUGGGGGCCCCCCAGAGGCAAAUCACAUGACUGACUCCCCCAGGCGUACACCCACCUGGGCUUCCUUCAGUUGUAUUCAUCCUCUGAAAUUGACAUGAGUGUUAAGACCUGGAGCUACCAGAACAGCAUGUCUUUCUCUAGUACCAUGAAAUGACUUGCAUCGUCCACAACUUACAACAUCUUAAAAAAAAAAAUUAGGAUGUUGUUCUAUUGUGGCACAUAGGUGAUAGAUAGAUAGAUAGAUAGAUAGAUAGAUAGAUAGAUAGAUAGAUAGAUAGAUAGAUAGAUAUACAUUUUACUUCAGUGGGGGGGGCAUUUUAAAAUCUUGUCUCUGGGCCCACUCCAACCUUGCUACGCCCCUGGUAAGCUGGUAUAUUUAAGGAACUGAGAAGUUCUUUAUGCGAGUAUUUGAAUUUGCCUGUGGAAAUGAUCAUGCAGUGGCCCAGGUCUGCAUGAACUGCCAUGAAGAAAUCUGACAAUUCAAAAACAACAGAAGUUGAAUUGUAAAUGUCAUUGUUGAAUAUGUAACCUUCUUAGUUUAAUUUUGAGGUGGAUUUCACCUUUUGGUGAGCCUGCGCAUGACAAUAUUCAAACUCUCUGGUGAUAAAGCUUGAAUUUGACAUAUCCCCCGGUCAUUUCUACAUCUCAAAUGUCUAAUUACUGUGCUUUGAACACCAGAAAGUCCAUUAAGGGGAAAGAAAGAAAUAUUAGUGGCUUCUAGUGUAUUUGUUAGGUUCUCCAAUAUUCUCACAAGUGCAUAAGUUAAUUCUGGGAUAAAACCUUUCACCAUAACAAGGAUUCUGUCCCUUUAGGCUGUUGAAGCAAAUUCAAUCCCAGAUCAAUGCAACACAAGGUGUUUGGAAAAGUGACAUCCCAAAGACAGAAGACCUGCCCCUUUUAAAAUCAGACACCUACUCAGAAAUUUACUUUGUAAAUUUAAUAUAUAUUUACAAAAAUUUAUAUGAAAUUUCAUUUCAGCUGUUUCAUUUUCAAUGAAUCUCAGUUUAGAUUGCAAAUGAACUUUGUGAAGCAAAAAAAGGAAAGAUUUCUCUACAUGAAAAGGGAAAGAUUUCUCUACAUCUGCAUUAUAAUUAAUAAUUUGUGGCGAUUAAAUUAAAAGGGUCGAUUCUGGUAAGCUAAUUGAGAUCCAGCCCUCAUCCCCACAAUCUUCUCUCUUGCCCCUUGUUCUGCAGAAUUCAAAUUGUUUUCAUGUUUCCAAAAGAACCCUAGAUAGUCUCAUUUCUAAGUAAUAACUGGAUUAGACAGCUUUCAUUACUUCUGCCUCCCAGCCCAGCUUCUGUUUUCUUCUGACCAAGAAGUUCCAGUAUGUAAUUCUAUUUCCUUAGAAGAAAGUUCUACUGAUUUCAGAGGUCGUUAUUUCCAAGUGUGCGUAGGAUAACAGCAUUAAUGCUCUCUAGUGAUGUGGCCUCCUUACGUGGGGACAAGAAUAUGACUGAUGUUUCCUUCUGAGCAAACAGGAUGAUAUCUUACGGUAGGAUUUCUUAAUCUUGGUUGCCUAGAUGUUAUUGGACCAACUCCCAUAAUCCCCAGCCUUUAUGGCUGGGGAUGAUGGGAGUUGUAGUCCAACAUCAUCUGGGGACCCAAGGUUUAGACGCCCUGCCUUAUGGGCAUCUAAAUCUUGGGCUUAGCCACCUAGAGAACAAUUUAUUAUGGGGCGGCUAACAAAUAAAGUUUAUUAUUAUUAAUUUAUUAUUAAUAAUUAUUAUUGGGUCUGGCUGCAACCUCUUCCAGCCCUACUAGAAGUACCAUUUGCAGUCUUUGACGCUUCUUACUUGCUUUAGCAAUACCCAAGGACUGCAGAGAGCAAUAAUAUGAAAAAGAGGUACUAUGGUGGCAAGGCAAGAUUUUGCAUCUCUUUCCACCAUUUAAAAAAAAUACCUACACCUUAGCAUUUGACCUUAAAAAAGCUCCCCAAGAUAGUGGUGUCCAUUUCACUGUGAGUGCUGACCCCAUAAUUGUCCUUUCUGUCUGGUGUGAAGACUAUUGGGAGAUCAGUUUGAAGUAAAUACGUGCUGUGUGGCCUGGAAUGAUCUGAUUCACAAAAUCAUCACACCACAUCAUUAACAAACAAAAAAGCAUGGACAUGCCUUUAAUGCACUUAGGACUGCAGUACUAGGGUUCCUCCCUCUAGGAUUGUGUACCUCUGAGUGCUAGAUCCUGCCAGGACACAAGGCUAUUAGUAAUCAAGGGUCUUUCCCAGCCCUACCACCUGGAUACCAAGAACUGAACCUGGGGCCUUCUGCAUAAAAAGCAGGUGUUCACUGAGCUAGAGUUCCUUCCCAAAGGACCUGCUUGGCUAUUGUUGAAGACAGAAUGCUGGACAAGAGGGUCCUCUGCUCUGGUUCAGCAAGGCAAUUCUUAUGAUGUAGAAGAAGCAAAUGUGUUAUGAGCUUCCUAGAAAAACAAAUAAUUUGGACAAAGGUAAUUCAUCGUACCCCUUUCUUUCAAAAUCUGCUGCUUUGAUAACAGAAAUCUUCUCUCUCAUCUAGGGCUUGAUCUACCACCAGGCAAAAGUUAGGAGCAAAGCUCCAGCAGUGCAAAAAUGCAACUGUUUAUGCAAGUCCUGAGAAGGAGAAACAGACACAAGUGCUGAUUGUGUUACAGCCAAAUUCAGAAAAUACCAGCUCAAGCCGAUGUUUCUCAGAUGGCCUUGAGCAAAUCCUCAUGCCUCAGUUUUCCACCUGUAAAAUGGGUGAUAGUACCUCAUACUCUGAGAGGUAGCAUGGGAUUUCUGGCUCUUAUUGUAAAUAGAAAUGCCCCAUUUCAAAGCAAAUGUCAAAUUAUAACAAGUAUUAUUUGUCAUUGGUAAACAUCUCAGAUGCAUCAUAAUUUAAAAUAUGAUCCCUAAAAUGCCUGCAUCAUUUAGCGAUAGCUACUCAUUCAGGAAUGCCAUUAAAUGCUCCCAUCCCGUAAUGCAAUGAUCAGACUGGUGUUCUAAACACCAACAAUACAGGAGUUUCCUAUGUUAAGUCAAAGGAAAGGUGCUUAAAACUAAUAACUUCUGUGCGUGUUUGUGUAUGUGUGUAUGCACAUGUGUAAAUAUGUUACCACACCGAGAGGAUGUAAGCAUUAAAAAAAAAAAUCAAUAUUUUAAGUUGUGGUUAGCUGUGCAAUGCUGAGUCCUGAAUGAAUGAGGGAGAGUGCUGUAAUGACAUAUGUAAUGGGAUAGGCUGAGUUCUUUUCUUUUCUUUUUAUUUAUAUAGGGGAAAUUAACAGCAUGGACUCAGGGACAAAUCACAGUGUGUUGUUACCUUCAAGAUACGUGUUUCAGAACUGUCUGAUCCGGAUGGGGUUUGUUGUGUGUGUGAGAACCUGUUGAUACUAAUCUGCAUGUCCUAAAGAAUUUAUGAACUUAGUAGAACUGCUAUGUUGUUUUUGUUCUUUUUAAAAUACCUUUGUGUAAAUUGAGCAACAUGUGCUGCAUUUAGCUGCUGCCUUUUGGUCAAGAAAAAUAAAUUUGUUGGCCCCUGGCUUGGCUGUAUAACAGCAUGAAAGCCAGUCUGUGGGGUGUGGCCACUGUUUUAUAGUGGCACAGCCAUGCUGUGGCACUCCCACAUCAAAUAUGUGGAUAACAAGUUGGAAAAGUGAAGAUGGCCAUUUGUGACUCACUUUCUCCUUUAGGCCUGUUCUCUUGUAUAUAGCGUAAUAUAAAUAUAAAUACAUUUAAGCAAUAUUUUCACCUAAGCACCCCCCCCCAAUAUUUUGAGGGGUGCUGAGGAGGCAAAGUGGGGUAAGACCUAUGCUCUAGGUAAAACCAUAGCAGAGCCUAUCAUUGAACCACAAACCAUGGGUUAGCUCUCGCCCAUGACUGACUUCAGUGGGAACAAGAUAGAACCUCACUGGUGGGGAAUAUUCUGAUGUUUGCAAUAGAGAGGAUAGGGAAAGGGUGCCUCAAUGUUAAUUUGAUAUGUUUAGUAAUAAUUUCAUUAGUUAUUUGUAUUUUUUUAAUAAGUGGGGAUGAGGGGAAUUAAUGCCAAACAUAGACCAUGACAGACAUUUUCUCACUUCUAAAUUGUUUUGGUUACUAGAGUGGUGUACUGCUAGCUUCUAUAGAUCCUGCUAGGGAUGUGCAAACAUGUUCAACGUCAAACCAGUUCGGUUCAACAGUUUGGGGUCGAACCAAACCCCCCUUUUUUCGGUCUGGACCUAACCCUCCCCACCCCAGCCAUUCAGGGGGUUCGCAAGUUAUUUUUUUAAAAAGUUAAUUCCUUUUAGUACUUAUGCCCACUGGGGAGAUUUGACUCGAACCGAACUGGGCCAGCCGGUUUUCUGCACCCUGCUAGAUCCUGCCUAUUGAGCAGUAUGGAAGAAACUGAAGCCAUAUCCACCACACACUUACUAAGAUGUAAGGCCUAUAUAAAAAAGACGUAUUUCUGAGUAAACAUGCUUAGGCAAAAUGUUCCUUGAAUACUACAGGAAAAGAUAAUACUCCAAAAUGUUUCAGUCAUGUGUUCUUUGUAGUUUCAAGAGGACAUGUGUGUUUGCCCAAGUUAAAUAUAGUUAGAACAGAAGGUUGGUCUGAAGGUCAGACCUCAUCUCAUGGUAGAAUGGAGGCAACCAGCACAUAAAGUAGUCAACUUUUAGCAUGAGGCAAAAUGCAACAGUGAGAAAUUAAAUUUUAUCUGUGGUGUAGAUACACCCAUAGGUCUUUAUUGCAAAUAUACAGUUGUUAAUGCCAGCUUGUUACAUAAUAUAGACUAGUGAAGUUUAAACUUCCUACCUCAGGAAGCCCUUUCCACAUUGAUCUGUCUGCUUCACACCCCUUGAGGGUUGCAGAAGGUUCCGGAGUGCAUUCUAGGGUAUGCUCUGAGUUCACACGAGGUACCAUGAAGGCCUGCUGGGCCUGUUUGUCAACCCAAGCAGCCUAAGAGUGCACUCUGGAACAUGUCCAAUAAUUCCCUGUUGCUGUGCACUGCAGAGGAAGAUUGGUAAUGGAAAACAGUAGCUUGCCUGCCUUAUCAGUCUUGCCACAGAAUUCCUGAGCGGUCCAAUAUAAGAAAAAUCUUCCUUCAUCCAUCACGUCACCUAAGCGAUGAUGCCUGCUCUAUAGCCAUUUGUUAUCCAUUUUGUUUAGAGCCCAUGGUAAGUUGUACAUGAAAGCUAUAGGCCACCUCCAGCCUCAAAGACAGGAUGAGUACCAGUUGCAGGGGAGUAACAGCAGGAGAGAGGGCAUGCCCUACUCCUGCCUGUAGGCUUGUGUGAAACAGGAUGCUGGACUAGAUGGGCCUUGGGCCUCAUCCGGCAGGGCUGUUCUUAAGUCUCACAGGAUUGUUGCAAGGAUAAACAUAAUCAUGUAUGUUUCUUGGAGGAAGAGUGGGAUAUAAAUAUAAAAAUAAAAUAAAUUCAUUUGCAGUAUUCCCUUCCUCCUCCUUUUAAAAAGAAUUCCUAUAGAAGGUUAAAGAUUCUAUCCUGCUGACAACCAACCAAUAACCCAUUGCUAUUUUUAGCACUGAUUUGCAGAGAUAAAAGCUGAAGCAGGUGGCUAAAAACCAUUAUUUUGAUUACUUGAAAGCACAAUUUCCAUCCAUUUCAUUGGACCUUGCACAGCAGUGGAUUGUGUUCUUCGACAUUUCAGAUCAUCUACCAGACAGAAACAAAUAUUGAGAACACAAAGUAAAGCCUGAGUCAUAAAAUGCAUACAUUUUGCAUGGAAAAUAAUUUGCUGGAAUAAUCCAUUGUUUUGUAUUGGGUGUUUGUUUUUUGUCAAUAGGUUGUAACAUGCUUUAUUUUGUUUUGCAGAUCCACUUCUUCCUAAAUCACAGGCAUUAUAUGUUGACCUUUAUUGUUCUAAAAACACAAUUUUUAGGACUUUACACUAUUAUCCAGGCCUACAUUGUGAAUAGUGAGACACAGAGUUGCCCUCUUAAGAAUACCUUCUAUUAAAAUUUGUCUUCCCACCAUUAAAUUACUUUCUUGUUGUAGCCUCAACCAUCACUGAAGUAACCUUGUAUUUUUAACCUUUUCCUCAAUUAGGUUUUUUCAUAUGAUGAAAACAGUUCAUGCUGCAACAUCCAUAUAUUAAAUCUCUUCUAUGAUAUCCUAACUUUGCCUAACAAGUAGCAUUUGAGUGUUUAAAUAUUUAUUUUCUCUUAUCUACCUGACCUGUUAACUAAGCACUCUGCUCAUAUUACUUUAUUCUGAAUACAUUACAUCUCUUCCUGCUG